UUUAAAUGCAGAAAAGAAAAUCUGAAAACUAGAUCUUUUUUAUUUUUUUAUUUUUUUAAAGCUUGCAAUUCCAGCAGGAUCAAACAACGUAAAUAAUCGAUGUUGUCAAGAACAGUUUGUGCUCUGUGACGCAACACAUCAGUGAAAAGGUGAAAAGAAGACAAAGUGGACAAUGACAGACCUGGAGACCUCGAUGGGCGCCAUUAUCGCCGUGUUUCAGAAGUAUUCGGAAAGAGAAGGAGACAAACACAAGCUGAAGAAGAGCGAGCUCAAGGACCUGCUUCAGGACGAGCUGCCCGAACUGAUGGAGCACGUGAAAGACCAGGAGGCGCUCGAUAAACUAAUGGAGGGCCUGGACACGGACGGCGACUCCGAGUGCGACUUCCAGGAGUUCAUGACAUUCAUCGCCAUGGUUACUGUCUUCUGCCACGAGUUCUUCCAGCAAGAGGACGAGUGAAGGAGGAGGAGGAGGAGGAGGAGGAGGAGGAGGUGACCGUGGAGAUAAAAGAGGAGAGCUACAGUAAAUUAUAAAAGAAGGGGGAAAAGCCUGUAGGUGCCCUGAGAGCACACAACUUCCAGCCAGCAGCCAAAACAUUAUCGGUGCCGGUUGGCAAUAAUAAUCUACCUUGUUCUCUUUCAGUCUAAAUACAUAGACGGCUUGUAAAGUCUUCAAAACGGCUUCAGGCUCUGAAGUAUGUCACAAAACUAGCCACUGAUUUCUAAAAGUAGGUACUUUUACAAAAAAUGUUUGCACGACAGACGCCAGUUGGCUGCAGAAAUUGCAACAGGGCCUCCAAAAUCAUACGACCAUAUCCAUCGUUUUAUUCCUACCCUCUAAUACAGCGGCGUCAAACUCAAUUUCGCGUGGGGCCACACUGGAAAAUAAGAAUCCCAUCAAGGGCCAGCAUGCUUUUAUUUCAUCUCAAAGGUCAAGCAUCUUUUACUGUAUUAUAUCAUGUCUCGUGUAGUCUUCUCACUUACAGUUUGGUCAACAUAAAACCACCAAAAGUAAGUUAGCCAUCAAGAAAAAUAAGCGACAAAAAAGGUCGAAAAAAGCGACAACAACAUUGGAAAAAAACGUCGGAAGAGGCGCCAAAAAGUGGAAAAAGUAGCAAAAGCAUGGGCAAAAGUGAAAACCAUUUCAGAAAAACAGCGACAAAACAAUGAAAAAGCUACAAAAACUAGGGUUGGCCAAAAUUUAUUGUGAACCUAAAUUGACACGCGGGCCUCUCAAAAUCUGCAAAGGGGCCAGAUUUGGCCCUCGGGCCUUGAGUUUGACACGUGUGCUCUGAUAUGACAGGAGCGUUUCAUAAACUAGCACCCCUAGCAGGUGGCAGAAAAUAGGUCCUACAGGAUCAUAUCCAAACCACAUAUCUAAACCAUAGAACGUGUAAAAAUACUGGUUUUUAAACGUCGUUAUUGUUGUGAAACGGCCACAGUCUGGUCAGGUUGAGGGGGCCAAAAACUAUUUGGAAAAAUGUGUCAAAAAAAUUGUCAUUAACUUUUAUUUUUAAACGGGACAUGAACCCCAGUCUGUGUUUGUUUGCACCUCGCUCUGUCAUCUUACUUCCUGUUUUGCUCCUGUCAUCAUGACAACAGCUACUGGAGGGCGCCGCCACUAUAAACGUAAAUAUGAGCCCUAAUUGCUUGAACAAAACGACCUAUGUGGCCGUUUUUUUUAAGAUAAAAAUGUCAGAAAUUGGCCAUGUUUCUGCGCUUUUUAAUAGACAAUUUAGCAUAAUUCCCAAUCCCAUUCUAUGAAUCAAACCAUUGACAAAUGUUCCCUAGAUUUUUGGGUACAGCUACCAACUUUGGAUACCGAGUUCUGCAAACCACCGAUCAAUCAUUUUAAGGUUCUUCGGUUGAAAAUGGCGUGUAAACUUUUUACAAAUGAGUGGUUUGAGUUUGUCUACACUUCACAUUAUAACCAUUUGGAGGUACUUCAUAAAACUGUUGUUUAAAAAGAUUGUGGCUGUUAUAUUUCAGAUGUGGCUAGUAGGUUAGGCAAGCAGCCUCCAAUCAUCCUAAUUCUUUUGAGAUUUUACACGUGUUAGGAGGCCAGUAAAUCGAGAAAAGGGCUACGAUUUUUAAACACUUUGGGAGUCAACCAACUACCGAGAGAGGCACCUGGGUUUGCCUGUUGACUAUCAAAUAUUGAAAGUGACUCGUAAGUUGGUUGUUGGCUAGUAAAAGUUUUAAAAUGGCUUGCGAGAUUUAGCUAAUCUAGAAGACACUUCGGACGCCACAAUUUUACAGUGGAUGGAGUAGGAGUUGACCGACGUUUCAGGCACACGUUACAAAAUCUAGUUGACUAUCGAACAUUGGGAAUGACUUGUAACUUAGUCUUAAACUUAAAAUACGUGUAAUUGGCUAGUCAAAUGUUAGAAAUGGCUUCUUUUUUUUUUUUUUUUUUAUCGCUAGCUGCCAGAACACCAACCAUAACUUGAAGUUUAUUGUCUGUUAGAUUUCGGAUGUUGCUAGUAAGUUUGUCUAUUCCACGUGAUUUGUUCAGCUCUUGUUUCUUCUUAAGAAGCUCUCUUUGGAGAUGCUUUGUAUUUAGGUAGUUGGUAAACAAGUAAUUUGAUAACAUUUAUUUGAGACGUACUACAUUUAAAAUGUCUAGCUGGCUGUUAAAAUAAUCAUAAAAUGUUUGGAUUUAGUAGCCGCUAUUGCCUGUAGCCAAGAAUCCGACUCAACAUUUCACUGCACUCUUCUCGUCAUGCAAAAAAAAAAAAAAAACAUAGCUUAGCAUAGAUGAUAGCUAUAAAAAAGUGUUUAUCAAAAGAGUUGGAACAGAGUUUGUCUGUCGAGAUGUAUUUUUGAAAUGUUGUGCACUGGUUUGUUUGGAUGUCGAUGAUAUGAAAUUAAUUAAAUUAUCAAUGUGUGA